CCACCAUUUCCGCGGGCGCGGGGCGAGGAGAAAGCGGGGCCGAGUUCUGCCGGAGCGGCUCCUGCGGCUUCAGCACCGCGGCGCUGGACAGCGCCCGGAGAGCGGCGGCUCCGCGGCGCUGAGCGGCGGCCGGGGCAGGGCGGUGCGGUGCGGUGCGGUGCGGUGCGGUGCGGGCGGGACCCCAGCCGGGCUGGCCCCGGGGCUGGGCGGCUGCAGGAUGCUUCUCAAGCUGGCGGUCACGCUGCAGGUGCUGUCGCUGUUGGCGAGCCGGGCGCACGGCUUCCCGAAGCCCGCGGGCAGAGAUAAAGCUAUGCACAACAGGCAAUUAAGUGUAGAAAGACCUUUGGAGGAACAGAUUGCUGAAGCCGAGGCAGACAAGAAUAGGAAGAUAGCUCCCACAGAAAAUAAGCCAGAGUUCAGGAAUUAUUCCUUUGUUGAUGACUUGAACCUGCUAAAGUCAGUAGCAGAAAGAGAGAGGAAUGAAAAAGAGAGGGAGUCGAUUAGAAGCUCUUUGUACGAGCAGCAAUUGGCCAUUGAUGAUGCAGACUCCACCAAGAACCGCAGGCUCGUGGAUGACUACGACUCUACUAAAAGUGGGCUGGAUUAUAAAUUCCAAGAUGAUCCAGAUGGCCUUCAUCAAUUAGAUGGCACUCCCUUGACUGCUGAAGACAUUGUUCAAAAAAUUGCUACAAGGAUUUAUGAGGAAAACGAUAGAGGAGUGUUUGACAAGAUCGUUUCCAAACUUCUCAAUCUGGGGCUUAUCACGGAGAGUCAGGCCUAUACUCUGGAAGAUGAAGUGGCAGAGGUUUUACAACAGCUAAUUGCAAAUGAAGCAAAGGAUCGUGAGAAUGAGCCUGAAGAUUUUGAUUACCCUCCAAGCAGAGCAGACAGUGAUUCAAAGGAAAAGCAACAGGAAAAAUUGACAUCAAGCAAAUCUGAUCAGGAUAGUUUCAUCAAUGGGGAAAUUGAUGAUACCCUGGAUAACACAUGGUCAUCAUCUAAUAUCUUGGAAAGAAGAAAUGAGCUGCCUUCUGAAGAUGAUUUUGAAGACCUCCAGUACUUUCCAAACUUCUAUGCACUAUUAAAAAGUCUUAACUCAGAGACAGAGACAAAAGAGAAAGAGACUUUAAUAACCAUCAUGAAAACCCUGAUUGAUUUUGUGAAGAUGAUGGUUAAAUAUGGAACGAUCACACCAGAAGAAGGAGUUUCCUAUCUGGAAAACUUAGAUACAAUGAUAGCUGUGCAGACAAAGAAGAAACUCGAGAAUCCUUCCACUAAAAGCAAACCAAAGCAACCAGCAGACAAGAGUAGUGAAGAAGCAGACAGUACGAAGGAGGAAGCAGCUAAAAUGGAGAAAGAAUAUGAAAUCUCAAAGGAUUCCACAAAAAAUGAAGAACAAAACCCAACAGGAAACAGUGAAGAGCCCAGAGGAAAAGCUGAGGCAUAUUUGGAAGCAAUCAAGAAGAACAUAGAAUGGCUAAAAAAGCACAACAAACAAGGUAACAAAGAAGAUUAUGAUCUUUCAAAGCUGAGAGAUUUCAUUGAUCAGCAAGCAGAUGCAUAUGUGGACAAGGGCAUCCUGGACAAGGAAGAAGCGGAUGUAAUUAAGCGCAUAUAUGGCAGCCUGUAAAAAGCUGGUGGCUGCCCACCGUGUAGAAAACUAGUGUAGCUUUCCCCCGUCCCAGCUCAAUGACUUAUGGUCUGUUGUUUUGAAGGUAUCAUUAGAAAUUCCUUUACGUUGUACUGAUAACUUUUUAGGAAAGGAGAGCUAUAGUGCUCUGUACACUGACUGCAUACUGUAUUUUCCUACACUCGCAAAUCAAAUCUAAACACCAACUUCUGACACCGACUUUCUAUUUGACAGGGUAAAUAUUUACGUAACGCUCUCUUUGAUUUGUGUUUGGUUUACUUGGUAGAUAAGCCUACCAUUUCUGAUGGAGAAGUCUUUUAAUGCUACACCUUUUUGCUCUCAUUCCCUAGCUUUCUAUAGAUGCAACUAUGUAAAGGGCAUUAUUAGGAAAUAGUUCAUAGAUCUUUAAAUAAAAUAUUUGAAAAUAAUUUACCUAUUAAAGUUUUUAUCAAUCUUAAUAUUUCACAUCCAGAGAUCUUGUUUUAAAAUCCUAAUAGCAUGUCUUCUGUUGACUUUUUUUUUUUUCUUUUGUGUAGUAUUCUCUAACUUGGAGCACAGUGUCAUGAGCUAAUGGACUCAUCUCUGACCCUACAACUGCCUUUCUUUUUAAAGAGCUCCGUUCUCCCCAGUGGCUUCAUUCAGCAUGUGUUAAAGUUCUCUUUAGUGCACCAUUUUGUCACUUUGCAUGCAUUAGCUGGAUUCCUAUGUCAGUAGUCUGAUAACAAGUGUAAAUAACCAUUACUUUCUUAUUUAAAAAAAAAAAAAAGGAAA